AUGGAGGCAAGCCGGAUGAGCACCAAGGAAGUCUACCUGGACGAAGACACUCUCAAGGUCCCUGGCCUUGCCUUUGCCAUCAUCUCUUUCGUUGGACCUCAGGGGGCUCAAAAGUGCGAUCACUUUGGCCUGAAGAUAAGAGGUGCUUUCGAGACCUACGAACAGGCCAGCGAGCAUGCCAAGAGGCUCUCGAAGGUUGACCCGGCAUUCGACGUCUACGUGGUGGACAUGUACAGGUGGAUCUCAGCCCCCCCCGACCCCAACCUAAUCAACAAGAAGGUCUAUAACGAUCCGACCCUAAACACCCUGAUGGAGUCCUAUGAGGAGGAGCAGAAGAGGGCAAAGGAGAUUUUCGACGAGAGGAAGGCCAUCGUCAUGAAGGACGGCUUGGAAGCCCUUCCCCAAGAGGAAUCCCUGCCGACCAUCACCGAGGUGGACCCCAAGGAGGCCUCCUCCUCGCAAGAGGCCUCCUCCUCGCGCCUCUUUGUCUUUCUUAGCCCAGUGAUAAGCGUCCUCCAGCUGCUAGGGGUGCUGCUGGUCCUGGGGGGCAUCUUGAUCUACACGUCGGGGGACCUCAGGCUUGUCAGAGGCGUGCGCAAGAGGCUGCAGGGGCUGCCGGCCAGGAUGGAUGCAGCCACAGCGGCCCUCCGAGCGGCCGACGCGGCCAAGCAAGCGGCCGCGGCCGCUCAGAAAAAGACAACCGUCGAGUACCUGCCCUCAUUGGACAUGUUCUACAAAGUUAAAAUCUCCAUGGAGAACGGCAAGAAGAGAUCAAUUUUCCCCAGAUCAUGGGCCCAUCUCACGAGCGUUGAGAAGUGGCAGCAAAGCAUUGAUAGCAUCAUCUGCUCCAGCACUCGUGGCUGCAACGGGAUCGCAAUCCUGACGGGAAUAAGUGAUUGCUUUGUGCUGGACAUAGACACAACUUCCGACUCGAAGAAGCGGUCAGGGAUGGAACUUUGGAACCGUUUGGUUGCUGAGCACGGCGAGCCAGUGACGCUGAGGGCAAAGACGGGGAGUGGCGGUCUCCAUUACUACUUUUCGGCCUCCAACACGCCCCGUCUGAAGAAGACUCGCAACUUCGCAACCAUAAAGUACGAGGGGGAGACAUACGGCAUUGACGGACGCGGUGUGGGUGGUGUAGUCUUCUGCCCACCGAGCACUUACACGGACGAGGAGGGGAGGCUCUACGAGUACACUUGGGACUUUGGGGAGCCCCGCCUAGGCUGCAAUCCGAUGCCGGACUGGUUGACCAGCCUGGUGAAUGCUCAGGGGGGGCAGAUUGCGCCGGCAUUGCCCGACCCCGAUCUGGCACUGCCCUCAGCUGCCCUCAGCAUUGGGGCCCUGCAGGCAAGCCAUCAGGGGCCCGCCCGUGCAGACCCUGUGCAAUCGGGCGUACUCCACGAUGCCAUCGCAAGGGAGAUCAAGGAGCUGCUUUACGAGAGGGCGGGCGACAGCACGAGCCGGUGCACGACUACGAUCGACCAUGGCCCUUAUGGCACCUUCUACUGCUUCCGGGUGCAAGGGCCCCGCACCUGCUUCUUCGGACAGGCCCACGACGGGUCCAACAAUUAUAGUGUUUUGAAACGCGGCAAGAAGCUCUUGUACCGGUGCCAUGGGGCCACCUGCAGCAGAGAAAGGGUCAGGAGCCUCGGAGACCUCUCGCUAGAAGCGGCACUCUCGGAUGCCGGCAGUGAGCCUGUCGACGAGUCUGCCGACGACACCGUGUUCAACUUCCGAGACAUGAGCACGGACGAGCAGACCCUGCUGCUCAAGCUGGUGGCUGACAACAUCCCCGAGAAUUACACCGGGCUGGGGCGCAUCUUCGGGUACAUCUACGCCAAGGAGGGGCGGAUCUUGGUCACAGAUGCAAAGAAGUACUUUUACGUUUGGGCCGGCCAGAGGUGGGUCAGGGACGAUGGCAACCGGGUGGUCAGCACCUUCUGCACGCAGAUGGCGAGGCUGCUCAAGUGGUACGACAGGCAGCGGGAAGCCCUCACGAAGAAGAAGCUCGUUGAGAGGGGGCUCUGCAGCGAGGAUGAGGCGAUCACCUCCGUGAUUGCCACGAUGAGGAAGAGGGCGGGGAAGGAUCAGAUCAAGGAAGUUGAGGACCUCCUCUUUGAGCCUGACCUCCUCAGCUUCUUUGACCGCAACCUCGACAUUGUGUGCGCCCCCAAUGGCAUCCUGGACCUGAGGACCGGGCGCCUCAGCGCUCCGCAUCCGAGCCACAUGUGCUCCCGGUCCGUGGGGACUCGCUACAUGGGGCUUGAUUACCUCACGAGCCGCUUCCACGCCUUCGUCAUGGACAUCUUCAACUCUGAGCUCGAGGUAGUCGAGUGGAUGCAGCUCUUCCUUGGCUACUGCCUCACAGGCCACACGCUGGAGGAGAUGUUCUGUAUUCUGUACGGUGUGGGGGCCAAUGGCAAAGGGGCCCUCAAGCAGGCGCUCGCCAAAGCAUUUGGCACGUACUACACGGUCAUGAAUAAGGACUGCUUCAUCAAGCCGGGAGGCAAGAGGGCUGAGGGCGCGGCCACGAGCCACAUCAUGCAGCUCAAAGGGACCAGGUUCGCCGUCUGCGACGAGAGCGAAGAGAGGCAGCAGAUCAAUGGAGCCCUGAUCAAGGAGACCACCGGAGGUGGCGCAAUGACUGCCCGCGACCUCUUCAGCAAGUCAGAGACCUUUGUGCCAACGCACAAGCCAGUCCUGCUCACCAAUCACAAGCCGGACAUUGCGGACGCAGACGAGGGCCUGCUUCGGAGGCUCUGUCUCGUGCCAUUCGUGAACUGCUACAAGCCCGUUGGGGAGCUCGACCCCAACAACCCCCUUCACAAGCCGCAGGACAGCGCACUCAAGGACUUUCUCGAGUCCGAAGAGGGCGCGCGCCAGACUCUGGUAUGGAAGCUCAAAGAGGAGCGCAUCAGUCAGCUCCUGACAACCUCAGGAAUCGACUUCAAGAGGGAGCAUCACAUCGACUUUGGCUGUCUCCAGGGAACCUUUGCACGGCCAGACUUCAUCAUCCUGAUGGGAGGCAAGGUGAUCGUGGUAGAAGUGGACGAGUUCCAGCACGAGGCAUAUGGUGUUGCAUGUGAGGUCUCGAGGAUGCUGCGCAUCUACGAGGCUUGGAUGCUUGAGGGAAACGGCCUCCCCGUCCACUUCAUCCGCUACAACCCUGACCCGUACCAAGUUGAUGGGACAAGGAAGCGGGUCUUGAGGCGAGCUCGCGAGGCACGGUUGUUGGAAGCAAUUCACGAAGCAAGCAUGAGUACAAGGGAUGGGCUUCAAUUGCGCUACAUGUACUACGAUAUCGAGGAUGGUCAACCCGUGAUUGUCCAAGACCCUGCUUUUACAAUAGGGGACUGUUGUGUUGAGGCAAUAGGGUGA